AUGUCCAACUUAAACCCAACAGCUCCAGUGGGAAUGAAUCCAACACCGGAAGAUCCUUCACAACCCCACACCCAUCAACCCAACGCCCACUACCCAUACCCAACAGACCAUGCUUACGCGAUCCCACCACCACCACCUCAUCACCACUUCAAUUACGCAAACGCACCACCUCAUCACAACUUCAAUCAACCACUACCUUGCUCUUGGUAUCCUCCUCAGGGGGGUCAAUUUCUCUCUCAUCCUCAUCCUCCUCCCGGUGUGCAUGGUGGUCCAUCAAAUUCCCUCGACACCGCGGCCUCUCUUGUUUACACUGGCUCCGAACAUCUUACUCCUGUCCCUUUCGAACAUCGUCCCUACUGGGGGCAUCAUACGUAUCCCGCUUUUCCCAACAUGUUGUCUGCUGGGUACCCAGCCCCUCCGUCUUUCCCCCUCACUACGAAUCCUCUGAAUCAUUAUCACAGUCCUUCCAACUUUCCUACUCAUAACUUCCCUCCUCAUGGUUUUUCUCAUCCGAUGAACUCGACGCACGGUGUUACCAGUGCUACGCUUCAAAAAGAUACCUUUCAACCGUAUCCUGUAACCACUUCGACUCCAGCUCCCACUCCAACACCCAUGCCUGACCCCGCCUCGACUGAUCACAACGCUACUAUUGUCAAUACCCAAACUACCAGCACAACGAUCAUUGCUCCUGUAGACAGUCUUUCAAUGUCAAUUGAACCCGAGGUCAAUCCUACGAUCAACAAUCCUACAAUCAACAAUCCUACGAUCAAUGCUAUGAUUGAAGAUGUCGAAGAAAUUGUUCAGGUACCAAAUGAACGAGAUGAUGAUUGGCCAACCAUUGGUCAGUUGCUAUUUCAAUCUUAA